AUGAUUAGACCGCCCCCUUGUGGAAGACAUGGAUUCUGCAUAAGUGAUCAGAUGUCUGCUAAAUGUGCUUGUCACCCAGGACAUUAUGGGAAAGUCUGCGAUUCAGUUCUACAGGAAUGGAGCUUUGAGAAAGAAAGUUGGGUUCAUUAUGUGAUUCAUCAUCCGCUCAGCCCGCACUAUACUUCUAUACAACUCAUGCUUCGAACACGAAUGUCUUCUGCAUCUAUACUCCACCUGACUUCCAGGGACAGAUCUUCUUUCCUGAAGCUGGAGAUUAGUGGAGGACACUUUGCUGUUAGUUUCAACUAUGGUGAGCGGAGUCAUGUGAUCAGGCUGCCGGACCUGCGUAUAGAUCACGGGCGAUGGGCACUGCUGAGCAUGGAGCGCUAUGGCAAUGUGUUUACUUUGCGUAUUGAAAGAGGAGGCGGUGUCCGAGAAGUGACAGCUACUACGGGAAAAAGUGGAUUGUUCGAAGCUGAUCCAUCAAGUGUUAUGUUAGGAAACCGCUUACCCCAACAAGCUGGGAAUGAUUUUCAAGGAUGUUUACGGGACGUGCGCAUCAAUGGUCUUGUGCUGCCGUUGGAUGGAGAGGGUGAUGAGCACAGCUCCGUUGUCAGCUCCCAGGGAAUCAGUAUUGGGUGCCACUCGGAUGUCUGCAGGAACCAUCCCUGCCCCUCUCACCUCAACUGCAUUGAUUUAUGGAGAAAAUAUGAAUGCAGGUGCCCAACAGAUAAAGUUGAAGUCAUGAAUAAUGUAACAGGACAGAAGCACUGUCAUCCAUCACCUUGUACGAGGUGGAGCUGUCGAAACGGGGGCAAUUGUGUGGCUCAGUCCCAGCAAAAGUUUAUCUGCCAAUGCAGAAAAGGCUUCAAGGGUAGGGCCUGUGAGACCAUCCAGGCCAGAGCUGGGAAGAUUGUUGGACUGAGCUCAGGAUCCAUUUUAGCCAUCAGCAUGUGUCUUCUGAUCUUCAUAGCCUUGUUGGUCUCCUACACAGUAUGGAGUCAGUGGGGAAGAUCAAAGUUUCGUAAAGGAGGAGUUUAUCACAUUCCUGCAGAACAUGAAAGCUGGGAAGAUAUCAGAGAGAACACCUUGAAUUAUAAUGAGGGUGGAGGAGAACAUGACCAGCGCUGGAAGAAAACAGUGCUGUCACAGACAGACUAAGUGGAGCACUAAACAACAAAGGCAAAAGAGUUAGGAGCAGUUUUCCCACAAUAUCCACUGAAAAUGCAAGUGUACCGGUCUCUGCAGACAGCCAUUUGUCAUGUUUUUGCUGUGGCUCCACCCCUUGA